UGUCGCGUGAUAACAGCCCGGACGUGCGCGGAUAACGAUUAACGACUUAAAUCUGUGACUACGGGCCACCCGACUGACGCCGCCGCAACCCGACAGCACCCACCGACGACGUACGCUUACGACUCAUCUUGUGUCCCUGCAUUUUAUGUUCUGGUAAGUUCGUCCUACGACCCGUUCAUCGUUCUAGACCGACUGAUUGAGCACCGGUACCUGUGCGAUUUGCUUGGUCUCCGCGAUCCGUCCGAUUCCCGGUAACCACGUUUGGGCCGAUUUCCCGUGGCCACAAGUCCGAAUCCCAGCGGUCGAUUUACGUCCGGUUUUCAGUAGUUCUUCUUACGCGGUUUCCGUAAGCUGGCUCUUCCGUUUUUUCGAUACUUUACCUAACAGUUCGCGCACCAAGACGAAUCUCGAGAGUUCCUUGCCAGUUUUCAACGACGCGAAUACACCAGUGAUCGGUAAUUGCUGGUGUCGUAGGUCGUGAGACGUUAUCCUUCCGUAUUUCGGAUACACGAUUUGCAAAUUGGCCAAUCCAACCUAUGUCCGUGUAGAAAACAAUGGACCUCCCACUGCCACCAUCAUUCGAUCCUGCGCUACUCGACAUGGAUAAUAUGACUGCCGAUAAGUGGUAUUCCCUAAUAUACAACAGAAUAGUACAACAGGAAGAUAUUUUUGUUGGCGAUUUUAAAAAGAAAGUAAUCGAAAUCAUAAACACAUGCAUGAACAAACCUAAUACAACGGUAGAAAGUUUAAAACAGGACAUUACAAACACAAUCAAUGAAUCACAAUUUGAAUUUGAACAUCAAAAGUUUAUUGAUGGUAUAGUUGGAGGUGCUUAUGAAUACCUUUGCCAGUUUAUUAUUAAAAACUCGAUGGAUAAUAUUAGAAGAACUCAGUGUGCUUUAAAUUGUUUUUCAUUGUCAAAUAAUUUAAAUUGUGGUACAAUAAAACCAUAUUUUAAUGAAAAUAUUUUGUUCCAAGGAUCUUCUAAAUUGUCUCAAAUCCAAUGUUUACCCGAAUCAAACAAUAAUACAACUGAUACAGAUAAAGCAAUUCAAUCCUUUAUAUUCAACAACAAUUCUGAAAAUGAUCCAAAUUCAAUAUUAAUGAUUGAAAGUGAAAAUAUUAAAAAUACUAUAAUCAAUAAAAUAGAAACUACGACCUAUCACAAUUAUACAGAAACUUUACAAAUAAGUAACUUACCUAAAGAAUCAACAAAUAAUAUACCCACAAAUAAUAAUGAGAAUACUGCUCAUUCAUCAGUAGUAACUAUUGAUGACGAUGAUAAAACUACACAAGCUAUUAUAUCUUUAGCUAUGAAAAUACAACAAACAACUUUCCAUGAUGAAGAUGUUGAUUAUUUCGAAACUAAUGAAAUCAAUAACAGAAAUAUGUGUAUCAAUAAUGAAAUUCAAACAACAAAGUGUCUCAUAGAACAAAAUGGAGAUCAAAAUACUGAUCCACUUAAGUUGGAGGAAGAAUAUAAAAUUAAUAACAGUUUAAAACUUUUAGAAAGUUUAGUUAAUAUUGAACAUAAUAAAUUGGAAGUUCAAAAAAGUUUAGUAAAUAAUGAACCACAAUCAAUUAUUGAGAAAAGUGAAAUAAACCCAAACCCAUACAAAAGUUCUACAAAGACAAAUAUUGGAAAGAAGAAAAGUCGAAAAUUACAAGAAAAUAUACAUAAAGAAGAUGAAGAAGAAUGGUUACCAAGUGAUGAGAAACGAAAGAAUCAUUGUUCUAAAAAUAAAACUAAAACCAUUAAACAAAAAAGCCAUAAAGAUAGAUCACCUAAAAAAAAUAAAAAAUUGGAUGAACAAAAUACUUUAAAUAAUUCGCGUAGCUCGAGUUCCUCUGUUGAAAUUCAAAAUGAUCCAAGUACUUCAGUAACUAUGAAUGAAUCUUUAUUUUCUAGUUACACCAAAAAGCCUGAGACAAUAGUUUCUUCUGUUAAAAAUACUAAACCAUUGGAUACUACCUGCAGAACAGGAACUCAACUGGCAUAUCAAAACGAAAGAGACUGUUUACCAAUUAAUGAUUUACAUCUUCCACAUUAUAUUGAAAGUAUAAUGCAUAAUGAGAAGAAAAAAUGUCUAACAAUAAUUAAUAAUUCAGAUGUUUUAUCUAAUAAAACUAGCUUUAUUGCUUCUACUAGUGGUUAUAAUGAAAAAGAUGUUGAUAAUUUAAAAAAUAAAUCAACCAGUUCCUCGGGUUCCGCAAUGAAAACUUCGGACUAUAAAAAACUAUAUGAAAAAGAUCGUAAAAGUUUAUUUAGCCCUGAUGUUAUUAUUGUAAAAAAUGUACCAUCAAAACCUCCGAAAGAAUUAAUAAAUGACCAACUUCUAAAAAAAGAAUACAAUUCAAUACAAAAAAAAGAAGAUUCAGAAAAAAAGCAAAAACCUAAAAUAUGUAAGGUAAAAAAUAAUAAAAGGAAAAAGUUAACCAUAGAUGAUACUGAUAAAGUGAAAAUAACUGAUAAUAUCUUUAAGUCGACAAACGACUCAAAAUUUAAAACAAAUCAUGCAUCAACUUCCAAAAACAAAUUUAAGAGAAUCAAAGUCACAAAGUCUGAUGAUAAAGCCAAUACUAACGCUGUUAGUAAUAAAAAUAAUAAAUCUAAUAUUACAGAUAUAUUAGAAAACAAAGUGUCUAGUAAAAUUGAUACUUUAGAUCCUCAAGAAUUGAAUAGGACAAACAUUUUGGAAAAUAACAUGUCUGAUGAAGGUACAUCAGAAUAUCAACAAUUGAAUAAAGUGAAUGUUUUUGAAAAUAAUGAGUCUAUUAAUGGUAAUUUGGAACAUCUCAAGUUAAAUGGUACAAAUGUUUUGGAAAAUAAAGAAUCUGAUAAGGAUACUUUGGUAAACGAAACUAUGCCUGAAUGGUUAAGACAUCUAUAUGUGAUUCAUAAUAUUAAACCUUGUUAUAUUGUUAUUGAUCGAAACAUGACAUAUUAAAUUGGUGCGAUCAUAAUCUUAUAAUGGAAAUUUAUAGAUAAUAAAAUAAGAAGAGUACCUUUUUAUAAAUAUUGCUAUGGCAGAUAUAUUUUAUUAAUAAAAAAUAUAAAAUUAUUAUGGAGAUUUCAUGAACAAUUUGUUAACAUAUUUGUAGAAAAUUAAUACACAAACAAAAAAAAAAAACUACACAAUUUGCCUUGUAUACAUUUGCAUAUAUUUAAAGAUUAUAAGCAAAACAAAUAUUUAAAUGAAAUUAUAAAUUGGUAGUUAUUUAACAUGGUACUUGUUUGUUAUAGCCCCGCCAAUAAAUUGUAUACAAUUUAUAACCUCUUCCCCUUAUUUUUUGUUUUGAGUUUAUUUUUAUUUAAUGAUUAACUAUAUUACUAUUUAUUGGUCAACCAUUAAAGUUGCCCAAAUGCCAGGGUGAUAAAUUAGUAUGGCACAGUGACGAGGCAAUAACAAACUUUUAAGACUUUAAAGUAGAUUCCAAUUUUUUUUGUUUAAAUGUAGGUUGAAUUAUUUGUAAAUAUAUUUUAUAUAAUAUAAUUUAUAAAAAUAUUGUUAAUUUAGUUUAAAAUUUACAUUAUUAAAUCUGUUUUUUCAAAAAUAUUUAAUAAUAUUUUUGAAAAGAUAACUAUUAAUUAAUUACAUUUGUAUAAUUAUUAUUGAUGUGGAAACCUAGAUUUCAUAAUUUUAUAUAUUUUUUUUGUUUUAGAAAAUUAUUUAAUAUGUGUGUAUAGUACAAAUAGAAAAAUAGAAAAUAAAAAUGAUAAGUUAAGCAAUGAUAAUAUUGAUGAGUGCUUGGAAUCCAAAUUAUGUUCUGAUAUUUUGUUCUAUUAAAAUUUAAUUAAAAUACAAUUUUAUUUUUGUUGAAAAUACAAUAUAUUAUAAUUAUUGUGUUUAAAUACAAUAUUAUCAGUACUUUGUUCUUUAUUAUUUUUCAAAUAUAUUUCUGUAUUUUAGACCUGCAUAUUUAUAUUUCUUAAAAUUCUAAUAUGUAGUAUUUUAAUUUAUAAUAGUCUUUAAAUUAAAUUCUAUACAAUUUCUAAACAUUAUCAAAAUAUUUAUCAUAAUUGGAUACUUUCUUUAUAAACUAAUUUACUUUUUAGAAAACUAUUUUUAGCUAUGUAAAUUACAUUAAUUUAAAUGUUGAUCUAAUUUAUAACUAAUACUAAUCAAUGUUCUGAUUUAUUUUGAAUUAUCUGUUUAAUCAUUGAUAGCUUUUGUUAGUACAUUAAGUUAUUGUUUCCAUAACAUUCAUUUUGAUUAUUAUACAUUAUAUAGUUUUAGAAUAUAAAAAUAUAAUAAAUUUAAAUUGUUUUUGUAUAAGUAUGUUCAGUUAUCAUAUUAAUUAAAAUACACUAAAACCAACAAAAAUUUUACUGAAGUUGAAAUAUAUGAAACAUUUUUCUGUUUUAAUAAGAACUGUAUAUUUUAUAGUUUAUAUUCAAUUUCAGUUUUUAAAUGUCUGUUUUGCUCAAUAUUUUUGUUUCUGGUAUUUUAAAGUGCCUACUAAUUUCGUAUUAAUCCAGUUUUCAAGUCCUUUUUACAACUUGUGAAAAUGUUUUCGUUAAAUCAAUGCAGCAAGUUUAAUUGGCUCUAAUUUCAGCUAUAUUUAUAUAAUAUUCAACUUAUAAAACUAAAUAAAAUAACUAUAACACAAAUGUAUUGAUUAUUUUAGUUUAUUUUAAAUUUUUAUAGAUUUUAAGUAUUUUUUAUUUAUGUUAUGGAUUUAUAUUUUUCAUGUUUUAAGUUGAUAUUUUUGUGUUAUUGCUUUAUUAAUAACUUCCUUUCAUUGUAUAAUUAUUGUUUUUUUACGUUUUUGAUUAAAUCUGUGGUGAAUUAGACAGAUGUAAAUAUAUUUGUCUAUACUAUGAAAUAUGUAUUAUUAUUAUUGAGUUUUAUAUGAAAGUUAAAUAUUUUAAUAAAACUAUAUGAUAUACGUCAAUUAUAUUUUGUAAACAAUUUCUCAACAAUGAAGUAAUUCUUAUUAUGAGAAGUUUAGAAUAUAUUGUUAAGUGUAAAAGACCAAAAUAACUUCAGAAUAACAUGAAUAAACUGUACAUAUUGUAAUAUCUAAACUUAUUUUAAGAUUAAGUACAAUGGAUUUUUUUUUUUUUGUAUAUAAAUGAGAAUUUUAUAAAAAUGUUCCCUGGUUAUUACUUAGAGUGAAUUAUCAUUAAAAACUAAUGCCAGGUUAUUUUAUAUAUAAAUAUUUUUUUUUAUCAUGAUAAAAUUCAAUAUUGAAUGUUUUCAAAUUUGUAUAAUUAUUAAAUUUUUCAUUAGAUUUCAAUCCUAUCAGAAAAAAAUCAUUUCAAUUUAAGUUUUUACUAUUACCACUAUUUGGUGAAUAAUGCAUCAAUAGUAAUAUUAAAGUACAAUCAUUAUACUUAUGUGUUUUUAAAAUUAAGUAAGUUAUUAAACAGCGGAAUAAUUUUUACCAUGAGUUUGCAAUCAUUCAAUAUUUUAUAGUAAUUAUUUGUGUAAACAUUAAUCAUAUUAUAAUAAACUAUUUAUUAUUUUUGUUAUUGAUUUUAUUCAAUAUACAGAAAAAUAAACUAAUUAAUUAACUCUAAUUUUGUUAUUUUUUAACAUUAUUUCAUUUAAUGAUUUUUUCUUCACAUGAUUGAAGUAAAAUAUAUGAUUUUUGUGGAAAUAUUUAGAAAUUUGAAUUAUACUCUAAGACUGUUGAGAAUUAUCAUUAUGAUUCAUUAUUUCUUAUAAACAUUAUAUUCUAUGACAUUCUCUCAAAUUGUAAAUAUUUUACAUUAUUAUAAAAUGAUUGAUAGAUUUUUGAGUGGUGUAACCUUUUAAAAUUGCUUGUUGUAUUAUGUUUAUUAUUGUAUCUGUAUCAAUUAUGUUAAAGAAUAAACUAUAUCAUACUCUCA